AUGUCUGAUCGUCUUUCUCGUUCUUCUGGUUAUUCCAAGGAAGAAGAUCAACUUUUAUGUCAAGUCUAUUUAGAAAUUUCUCAAGACCCAAUCAAAGGAGACAAAGAAAUUAGUGGCGGAUCUCCAUCUCAACGGCCAAUUGGAGUGAAAAAAUCCAAACUGAAAAGAAAGAAUGAUGAUCAAACAUCUGUUGUUAUCAAGAAUUUAAAGAUAGACACCAACAAAUCUUGGAAGAAUUAA